AUGGCCCCGCCUACCGCCGAUGAGCAGCAGCAGGCGGCUACCAGUGCCUUCUUGGCCGCCAUGCAACAUUCACAUCAACAACUACAGCAGCAACAGCAACGCCAACAGCAGCAGCAGCAGAUGGCAGGCGUGGCGGGAGGCGAGGCGGCUAUGCAACAGUCUCAACAGCAGCAGCAGUAUCAUUUGCCGCCAUCGUACACCCAACAGCAGCAGCAGCCACCCCUACCUAUGAAAAGAGACCAGACUGAAGACGAUGGCGAUGACGACGACGAUGAAGACGACGCAAGUCCAAGCGGAUCGGGUGGACAGGCCAAAGCACCCCCUCGCAAAGCGCCACGGAGGUCAUCGGGAUCAAACACCAAAGCUGGCAGCAGUGCAUCCGCGGCAGCAGGCAGUCACUCGGCGGGAGACAAUCCCCCUGGCCCACCUUACGUGUGUCCGGCUUGUAAGACGACUUACUCCAGGCUGGAGUAUCUACGUAGACACGAGAGGAGACACCAAGAUAUUCGGCCCUUCGUAUGCGAGUGUGGUAAAGGCUUCUCGAGAAGUGAUGUCCUCUCGCGCCACAAGAAGCAAUGCCACUAUCACCUCACCGGCGAACAGCCAUCUGCGGAAGCGGCUGAAGCUGCUUCAAGAAAGACGCGUAAACCAUCCUCCGCCACCAACGCUAGGUCCCGCAAGACAUCUUCCAGCGGAGGAGGUGUAGGCGGCAGCGGCGGAGCAGGUGGCAGCGGCAGUCAAGCAGGUGGUAGUGGGGAUCAGUCACCGCAGCCAGGUCAGCCGUAUCCCAAUAGCCAGGGUGGGGACUUCGGGAACAACGCCCACACUGGCCAAGCUCCGUCGCUUCUCCCCCAGGCUGGUGCUCCAGGAGGCAUGGGCCUGCCGCCACCGCCUCCCUUUUACUCGCAGCACCCUACCAACGCAGCCGCCGCAGCCGCCGCGGCAGCAGCUGUAGCAGCCGGACAUGGAGGACCAAGUGGCCAGGCAGGCGCUGGACCGGGAAGCGGCGGAGUUGGAGCAGGCGGCGCACCACAGUCCUCCUCUGCCGCUCAAGAUGGCAACGCUGGCAACCAGACCAGUGCCAAUACCGACUACUCGCGAGCCAAUGGGUUCAUGUCGGCCAUUCACCACGCCCUCAACACCUUUGGCCACCACAACUCUCACUCCAAUUACCCACCCAGUCCCGAGUCAAACGUCAGCUCUCGCAACUCUUCGCCUCGCCUCCACUACCGCGACGCCAUUCCCUACACCCAUCGCUCUGGCAGCACUGGAGGCGGAUCGAGACAAUCCUCUCUCCGCAAAGGAACCCUGGACCCUUAUCAUGCGCCCGUGCCUUGGGGUGCAGACAAUCAAGACGGUCGGUCAUCUCCUGCUCCUGGCUCGUCUACCUCUCGACCGGGGUCUCUCUUUGGCAAAGACGGAGGUAGUGCCAACCAAACCCGGAGCUCUUCGGGCGCAGCAGCCAAUGCUGGCGCAGCUGGAGCUGGAGUAGGAUCAGGUGUGGGCCUGCCCGGCUUCUCGAGUUCUGCCUCGCCUGCUGGCGCUCCAUCCUUCUCUUACCCAGCCAAUGAAUUCGCCGCACAGUCUUCCACGUCUAGCGGCAACUCGCAGAGCCAGACUCUUGCUCCUGCUGGUACUGAUGGCCAAAACAAUGCCGGUAGCGGCUCUCAACAAGGUCAGCAAGGUCAACAACCCAGCUCUCACCCACACUCUCGUGCCGAUCCACCUCGCUUUGCCGUGUCCACCGGCCCCUUGUCCCCCUUUUCCGGCAUGGGUCUGGCCUCUUCGAUGAGUCCAUACCUCAGCGCCUUUUCCAAUGCCCGAGACACUCCCCUCGUCGCCAGCCCCGGCAGAGGCAUCGCUCCGGGAACACCCACUUCCUCGCUCAACACCAACGUCUUUGACUUUACCAUGAGGCCUCCUCCAAAACCUGCAAGCACCGCCUCGCAAGGCCGGAAUGGGUCUGGAUCAGCGCCAGACGGUAACAACAAGGGCGCUCAAGGUCCUUCCUCCUCCUCCUCUGGUUCAGUAGCGUCAAAAAGCAGAGGUCCCAUAGCGACGACUUCCCCACAAGGAGGUCAUGACCCAUCCACCCCUUCUGCGUCCGUGUCAGCGGCUGAUGGAGGGAGUCUGCCAGCCCUUGCGGACUUUAUCGACGAUCAGCAGAGGAGCGCUGCCAAUGGUCUGCUGACUCUCCUCGGCGGAGGAGGAGCCGAGACGCCCUCGCGCUUCGUUCGAAGUGACACCGGCAGACCCGUCGGUGCCGGCGCUGGCAAUGCCCAGGGUGGAGAAGCAGGUACUGACAAUUCCAAUACUACUGCAGGCGCGCAGUCUUCCUCCUCCUCGUCUCAGACCGGAAGGCAGAAUCGCCCCGACAACAAGUCAAGCUCUGCCAUGGAAUCCAAUCCGGGCACAAAUUCUGCAGACCCGUCUUCGAAUCCUUUUUUUGAGCCUGCCGUCACCCCCGGCCCGGAGGCCUUCUUUUUGCGUCUCCAAGGUGGCGAGCAGGAUCACAGGGCAGGGAUGUCGUCGUCGAGUGGUGCAAACAACGUCGGCGGCAAUUCGAUUGGUGGCCACUAUAGCCAUCUACCCUCGUCUGUAGUCAAUGGACUGCUGAGAGAUGGCAUUGGGCAACACCAGCAGAAUUCUGAUUCCGCUCCAUCUGGCGGUGCUGGAGUAGACACUCCCAACUAUGGCAUGGGCAGUGGAGGAUGGGGAGACUUUGGUCUCUCGAAUGGUUCGGCGGGCAAUGUGGGAUGGCUGUUGAGCCCUUCGAUUCAGGCCCUCAUCUCGUCCUUUGCCACUGGGGCAACGCCAGGUAUUGGGGGAGAUGCCAGUGGCGGAGGCUACUUUGCUCUUGCACGUAACCACGGGCCCAGCGCCAUGGGAGCCACCCCGUCAUUGAAGCCCAUCAUGGCGUCCUCCAUGGACAUUGAUGGUGGAGCGCAAGCAGAAGGCAAGCCUGCGGCUAUCAAUGGAGCUGCGAACGGCAAUGUCACUACAAAGGAAGGCAGUGGGCCCGAGGGUGAAAAGGUCUCCUUCAUCGACUUGGGCACCCUGGCACUCGAAAAGGCCUUUGAUGACAUCAAGAAUCCCUUUUAUCUGCCUCGAAGCAUGUUCAAGACUUGCUACUCCGUCCCUCACUGGCAUCUGCCUUCUCGUGCUCGGCUGUCGAUGCUUGCCAUGCAUUCACAGCAGAAUCUCUGCAAACACGUUCCCAUACUCCACGAGCCUACUUUUCGACUGGACUCGACCCCUGGAUGUCUGGCUUUUGCGGUCUGUAUGCUGGGCUGUCACGAGGUUGGUCGUCGAUGGUUUGGUGGGCUGGAGGUGGUUCCAUUGGAAAAGGCCAUUAGCACGGCUGAAGACAAGCCGUCCAUAGAAGACGGCAAGGACGGUCUAGCUCGGGACGAGGAAGACAAUCAGGAGCUGGUGAAGCCUAUUGUCAUGACCGAGAAAAUGGACAUGCUCAUGCGAUCCUUCCCGAGCCGCUGCACACACGUCAAAGACAAGGUCUCCGUCGUGCAAGCACUUCUCCUCUCCCAGACUAGCAACUUCCUCAGCUCAGACACGACCGUACGUGCCAUUGCAUCGAUCUCACACAGCUCCGUUGUCGGUCUCGCCCGCAAGGCUGGCUUCUUCGACCCCAGCGCUGAGCACGUAUCAGUCGAAAUCGACUAUGCGCCCGAGGUAGCUCUGCAGAGGCUGUUGGCGGACAACAACGAGCUCGCCUUUGCUUUCAGCUUCCUGCCGUCGUACCUCCCUUCGUGCUCGGAUGAAGAAAAAGUCUGGCGUCUGUGGUGCGAGUACGAAGGCAGGAGAAGGACAGCCUUUUUGCUCUUCUUGAUGGAUACCGUCGCGUCACUCGACGCUGGUGUGCCCAUCGUGGUCAAAAUCGACGAGGUCAAGCAUCUCCCACUUCCUGCUCCCGACUUUAUCUGGAGGGCAAGCGAUGCAAAGUCUUUCCGGACGGCACUCGAGUCGUACAAGGCUCCCAUCCUCGACGGGGCCAUGGCUGAACUCCUCAAAGACGAAGAAGAGGAAGGAGAGGGCGAGGGUGAAGAGCAAAAGGCCGACAAAGGCGCUGUGAAAUCGCAGUCCGCAGAAGCGUCUUCCCCGACACUCCUCGCUGGCCAACAUGGUCCCUUUGCUCGCCUCAUAGCCAUUCUGCCCAUCCUGCGGGGCAUUGUCCACCUGCUACAAGACCGCACGGACAAGCCAUCACCCCUACAGUCGUGGCUUCCUCCGUCUCACUCUGCAGGCUCUGAUGAUGCGACAAAUGAAGUCAAGAACGAAGAAGGCACCGAGGAGGAGCAAAUUGACGCUCAAGUCGACCUCUUUAAGCGAGCUCUCAGUCGCUGGCGCGAAGGAUGGGAUCAAGACCCUCUCUGCUUACAAGCCUCGAGUCCGGUGGCUCAAGCCAAAGCCGAAGCGGCAAGAAAGGCCGAGGAGCUCGUCUCGCAAAGUGUAGGUGGCGGCGCAGCUGCCGACGCUGGUGUCAAGGCAGAAGGCGGAGAGGCAUCAAAGGUGAACGGUGGCAGUGGCGAGCCGACCAAGCCUAACGCAGCUGCCGUGCCUUCUCUCGCUACCAUCUUCACUAGCAAGACGGCCUCUGGUGCUGUCCCUCUGUGCGAAGAUGCCCUGCCCUUUUACUGGCUCUCGCACGUCCUCUUGGGUCAUGCCACCAGUCAGCAAGUCUCAACAAGCUCCCCCACCAAUCGUCAGACAGGGGAGAGCACAAACGGUAACGGCAAGCAAGAGCGUGGAAGACAGACUUCCUCUACUGCCUCUUCUGCCGGUACGGGCGGUGGCAGUGGCGCUUCUUCGCCCAGUGAAGACCGCAAGCGCAAAAACAGCAGCACUGCUCCCGCUCCUCUGCCCUCGUCCACUGCUGCUGCUGCUGCUGGCGGCGGCUCUUCCACAGGAGGGCAAAGGCGCGUACCGGACUUUAGGAACAUGCUUCGCUUUGCAAAGACCUUUGUCAAGUCUGGAGAGGGCGUCAAUGGUACUACCAGUGGUGGGCAGCUCGCAUUCACUCCUGCAGCGGCUGCUGCUGCCGCUGCUGGAGUGGGAAUGGGAGUUGGAGUUGGAGUUGGAGUCGGAGCUGGCAAGGAGGAGGAGGGUGUGGAUGCGCAGGUGAAUGGAGGGAAGAAGGAGUAA